GCAGACGUUGGGUUCCUGGAACCUCAGCGCUGAAGGCAGCCAGGCCUUGCACACAGCUCUCUGGACUACGGGCCCAGAGCCGAUGGCAGACAAUGUCAGCCACUAACAACAUCGCCCAGGCCAGGAAACUGGUGGAGCAGCUCCGCAUCGAAGCCGGGAUCCAGCGCAUCAAGGUCUCCAAAGCCUCAUCGGAACUCAUGAGUUACUGUGAGCAGCAUGCCCGGAACGACCCCCUGCUGGUCGGAGUCCCUGCCUCCGAGAACCCCUUCAAGGACAAGAAGCCUUGUGUCAUUCUAUAGCUUGGUUUUCUUCUGUGUGUGUUCUCUCUCUCUUUCUUUCCCUCUCUCUCUCCACUUCUUUCUCUCUCUCUCUCUGUCAGGGCAUAAUUCAGUACGUAAAGCAAAGCAUUUUGGGUCCCUGAAACUUUUAAUGCCAAAAGAAAUGUCAACCGUUGCCACUGCCCAGAUGGAGUAAAAUGUACCCACUGGGUAAUGAUGGGUUUUCAGACUGAACAGCAUAGCCCUCAGGGCCUGGCCGAAAGAUGGAUGUUGGCUGCACAGCUACUUCCAGUUAGGAAGACCUGAGAUGCCCAAACGAUGUGGUCACCAUUUUUUAAACUCUUACUUGCCAUUUGCGCUGUGGUCCAGAGCCAAGCUGGUCGGGUGAAGGGCAUGGAAGGGGCGCUGGCCACUUGUCCUGGGUUACCUGGGCAACCUGGCCAGCUGGCCGUUCUCACGCAAUUGGCCACUUGUAAAAAAAGAAAACAAACUUACGCUACAGUGCUUUUUUUUUUUAAAGAGUAAAAUUUGGGGGGUAGGCUAUAUAAUGAACUUUUUGGAGAAAAUCUCCUUUUCAUUUAAAAAAUUGUUAUUCUACACUGCUAAAGUCAGAUUUCGAUGGCUGAACACUUGGCCAAGGUGUACUGUGUAAUGCACAAGUGGAUUUUAGGGGCCAGGCGGGGGGGCUUUGCCUGAGAAACGCACCCUGUGUUGCCAAGUGCUGUAUGGUAUUUGUAUGGCAUGUGUCACUGUACAGCCACAUGUGACCCCGCCCUUCCCUGGGGACCCCACCCAUCACAGAAAGGGAUUUUCAACAACUUGCCCUGGUCCCUGGAAUGGCCAGCAGGAUUUUAUUUUGUUUUAAGCACCUGACAUUGAUACAGGCGAUGAGAAGUUGCAAUCAUAUUAGGUUCUUCAGGGUUUUUUGGUUUUCUCCAUUUUCACUUAUCGCCAUGGCCAUUAUUCAAACAGAGCUGCAGCCUGUUGGGCAGGGCCACCUGAGUCUGGUAUGAAAAGGUGUUAAAUGGUCUGGAAGUAGCUGGAAGGCCUCCGAGGCUCCCUGCUUCCUUUCAUGACCCUUAGACCCAGAACUCUGGUUGGAGAAAGUAAGAGGCAUCACUUCCCAACAGCCUUGGAAAUUUGAUACGUCAUGGAGUCGGGGGUUGGGGGCAGGGGACUUUUUUAAAAUCACUUUUUCCUGUUACGAUGUGGACAGUUAAAGGAGCAAGAGGAUGGGACCGAAUGUACCCCCCUCCUCCCCUGGCAGUGCCACCCAUCACUGCCAGGACCCCAUACAACCAUGAACUCAGGGGUCCUCUGCUGCCCCAUCACGGGGCUGGAGGCAAACUGUGGGAAUAAACGAGCCCAGCUCUGCCCCUGUGGCCCCAAUGGACGUCAGAGUCUGAGGCCCACGCCAGCAGGGUCCUGGACAGCUGCCAGGCCCAGGCCCUCACCUCGCAGCUGGGGCCAAGGCUCAGAUCUUGCCAGAGCUAAGAAGGUUCCAGUGGAUGACCCUCCAUCCAGCUCCCACAGGGUACAGGCUGGUGGGCUCAGACUUUCUCCCCAGCACCCAGCUCUCCCCAGCUGGUCUGGGUGCACCAGGGGCUUUGGGGAGCCCGGCACCUCCAGACCAGCAGUUGGUCAGGAAAAGCCAUGAAGGUACCCAUGCUGCAGCCGCCUUUCACACCUUUCACUGGGCAAGAAGCCUGUGCUGCCCUAGAGCCUUUCACUGUCCCCAGCAGGAUGGAACAAAACCCUGUUCUAGGGCACAGUGGAAAUUAGCCCCGAGAGGGCAGAGAGCGGGUGGCAGAGCGAGGCUUGUGGAGACCACAUCUACCGGCCCUUCCCGCCAGCCUUCCGGUGGCUGGUUACUAGUGCACCCCCUUUGCUCUGUGACGGAAGCCUUAAUCCCUUGAGCCUGCAUCAGAUCCUUGCAUGCCCAUCCUUCUUCCUGGGUCCCCCACUGUCUGGCCACUGGGCCCCAGAAACGGGAGGUCCUGACUUCAACAUCAGGAGCCCCCCAGGGGCUCAGACCGCCCCUCUCUCUCCACACCCUGCCCCGACAGUCAUUCUAAGCCCAGCCCCACCACAUGUCCUUGACCCAAGUGACUCUGGAGAAGCCAGUGGGAAGCAAAGCUGAGGACCCCUGGCUGAGGGAGGUGGGGUUGAACCCGAGUUCAUCGGCUCCAUGGCCUGCUAUGGGCUCAGCCUGCCAACACGUUCCCCACCCCACCUGACCCCCAGCCCUGAAGGAAACUCCAGCCCGGGCUUGGGGAGGCUUUUGAGUCAGAAGACCCAGGGACUGAGUGGUCUGGGUAAACUGAGGCCAGCAACCGUAAGGACAGUUGGUUUCCGGCCCUAUUGCUCAGCUGCCUAUCCCAGGUGCCCACAACCUCCAACCCCAGGGAGUGGUGAUCAGCAGAAAUCCUACUGUGGUUUUCUUUCUAGCUGAGAAAAAAAAUAUAACAAAAAACACCUCCUUUUUUUCCAUUUAGAGUAAAUCUCACUGUCCACAGUGUAGACCUAAAGCAUCAGUGCACUCACAACAACCUAUGCUGCUUGUGUGCUCCUGGCACAAGUGUCUGCCAUGAAAACAUGGCUUUCAAGGCAUUUGGGGUCUGAAAGCGCUCCAUGCCUUAGGGAGCUGGUGGUGGCCGCACAGGCCUCCCACCAUGGGGGGGGGGGAUUAAGGACACAUACACAGAAGGCAGGUGUGGAGGUGCCAAGUCUCCGUCUUCUGCAGUCUGCUUCAGUGUUUCUAGUGGGCCAACCUGCCUGGCCUGGCCAAGCCCCUGUUCUGCUGGAUCCCCCUCCCCACUCCAGAAAGGGGCUAACCACGCACCCUUGCCCCAUCCUCCAGUGGUGAUUCCCAGGCCAAGAAUGAAGUGAUGUUUGUCACCUCCAGCCCCAAGGGAUGUAAACCCACUGGGCUGGGUGGAAGGUGCUGCCUUUCCGGCUUUGAUGUCCCUGCCACUGGUCCAGAACAGCUCUGGGCCCCUAGGCAGUUCAUCCAUCUGGUGAAGAGGCCCAGCCCUGCCCAAGCUCUAGGCCAACAGGAAAAGGCCCUUGGUGCCUCAGACUCUCACCCCAAGCGUGAGUGACCAGGGGCAGUGUCCAUCUGAGAUGAAGCCACCAAAAAUCAUUCACCCUUCACGAGCACUUACAAAAAGCCAGCCUGCCACGGGGUCCCCUGAAAACAAGCCAUAUGUCGGACGCUCCGCCCUCUUCCUCCUCUGUCCAUGGAACGCAUUGCCAAAUAUUGUAAUGACUUGUUCCUGGUUUUCGGAAGCAAUCUGUGGUUCUGGCAGGUUCUACCCCAUCUGCCUUUGGACAUCUGGUGGUUUUUAUUUCUGAUUUUUAAAAAAAUUCCAGGUGUGUCAUACCCACUUUCUCGCAGUAUUUUAAUAUUGUGUGGAAUUGUCAAUACAAAGUAAAUUAAUCCACAAUAAAAAGCCUCACUGCU